CCGGCCCCGCUCCGGCCCCGCUCCGGCCCCGCUCCGCCGCCCACCCGCCUCCGCCUCGCCUCCGCCGGCCGCCCCGGAACCGUCCGCGCUCAAUAAAACCUUCUCCAAAGCGUGUUUGUGCGAUUGUCUGGACCACGGUCGCGUAGAACCGGCUCUCACGUGAAAAAAAAAAAUCUUUGACUUCUCGUUUUCUGACUUCAGCGACAAUCCUGCUCCGGGUGCCCUUAGCCCAGUUUCAUUCAUCCAAGUUGUGGCCUUUUUUGCGCCUUCCGGAAGAAAUUUGGCUCCCUCUGCUUUUGAUUGCUGUUGAGGUAGAGGAUUUCAGGUUUGGAGGGAUGUUAAGCGAUCCUGCAGUCCGUUCACUCCAGGUAACGCUGUGGCCGAGGACAGGGACCCGCGGCCCGGAGGCAGCUCUUCGUUCUCUGUUCUGGGUCAGGUACUCCUCAAGCCGUCGCCGAAAUCCCCAUUCUUCCGUGAAUUCGCUUAUUGCCGCAGCAAGUGAUUGAAGAAGGAGUCCUGUUCCUGCCCCUGAGCUUACAGCUAAGGUACAAGGAGUGGCUUGGGGGGUUGGUACAGUAGGCUUCACUAGACUUAGCUGCAACUCAGAAUUUCUCCUCCAGCACCUGAGUAAAUGCUGAUGGUCUUGUGGAGAGUGGAUUAAGAGUACGAGCUAAGUUCUCAAUCCCAAUUAAGAAGCGGAGGAAAAUUUAAACUGUCUCCUUCAAAGUUUAUCACAACCGCCACCAUCAAGACAGCAAACCAAAGGACAAAGACUUUGACCUGCUGUGUUGCUCUGUGUAGUCCAGUUCACGUAUGGUUUACAGACUUGGCUGGGGUUACUAAUGAGUAAAUAAAAAGUUGGACACUUCUGUCACUGGACACUUUUAUUCACAAAGUUACCAAAAUGAGGGCUGUACUGGAGACAGCAGACAUUGCCAUAGUGGCCCUGUAUUUUAUCCUGGUCAUGUGCAUUGGUUUUUUUGCCAUGUGGAAAUCUAAUAGAAGCACUGUAAGUGGAUACUUCCUGGCGGGGCGCUCUAUGACCUGGGUAGCAAUUGGUGCCUCUCUGUUUGUGAGCAAUAUUGGGAGUGAGCACUUCAUUGGGCUGGCAGGAUCUGGAGCUGCAAGUGGAUUUGCAGUGGGCGCAUGGGAAUUCAAUGCCUUACUGCUUUUGCAACUUCUGGGAUGGGUUUUCAUCCCGAUUUACAUCCGGUCAGGGGUAUACACCAUGCCUGAAUACUUGUCCAAGCGAUUUGGUGGCCAUAGGAUUCAGGUCUAUUUUGCAGCGUUGUCUCUGAUUCUCUAUAUCUUCACCAAGCUCUCAGUGGAUCUGUAUUCGGGUGCCCUCUUUAUCCAGGAGUCUUUGGGUUGGAACCUUUAUGUGUCUGUCAUCCUACUCAUUGGCAUGACUGCUUUGCUGACUGUCACCGGAGGCCUUGUUGCGGUGAUCUACACAGACACUCUGCAGGCUCUGCUCAUGAUCGUUGGGGCACUCACACUUAUGAUUAUUAGCAUGAUGGAGAUUGGCGGGUUUGAGGAAGUUAAGAGAAGGUACAUGUUGGCCUCACCCAAUGUCACUUCCAUCUUGUUGACAUACAACCUUUCCAACACAAGUUCUUGUAAUGUCCACCCUAAGAAAGAUGCACUGAAAAUGUUGCGGAAUCCAACAGAUGAAGACGUUCCUUGGCCUGGAUUCAUUCUUGGGCAGACCCCAGCUUCGGUGUGGUACUGGUGUGCUGACCAAGUCAUCGUGCAGAGGGUCCUAGCGGCUAAAAACAUUGCUCAUGCCAAAGGCUCUACUCUGAUGGCUGGCUUCUUGAAGCUUCUGCCAAUGUUUAUCAUAGUUGUCCCAGGAAUGAUUUCCAGGAUACUGUUUGCUGAUGAUAUAGCUUGCAUCAACCCAGAGCACUGCAUGCAAGUGUGUGGAAGCAGAGCUGGGUGCUCUAACAUUGCUUACCCACGCCUGGUGAUGAAGCUGGUUCCUGUGGGCCUCCGGGGCUUAAUGAUGGCAGUGAUGAUUGCAGCUCUGAUGAGUGACUUGGACUCUAUCUUUAACAGUGCCAGUACCAUAUUCACCCUCGAUGUGUACAAACUCAUCCGCAAGAGUGCAAGCUCCCGGGAACUAAUGAUUGUGGGGAGGAUAUUUGUGGCUUUUAUGGUAGUGAUCAGCAUUGCAUGGGUGCCCAUCAUCGUGGAGAUGCAAGGAGGCCAGAUGUACCUUUACAUUCAGGAGGUGGCAGAUUACCUGACGCCCCCAGUUGCAGCCCUGUUCCUUCUGGCGAUUUUCUGGAAGCGUUGCAAUGAACAAGGGGCUUUCUAUGGUGGAAUGGCUGGCUUUGUUCUUGGAGCAGUCCGUUUGACACUGGCCUUUGCCUACCGUGCCCCAGAAUGUGACCAACCUGAUAACAGGCCAGGCUUCAUCAAAGACAUCCAUUAUAUGUACGUGGCCACAGCGUUGUUUUGGGUCACAGGACUCAUUACUGUAAUUGUUAGCCUUCUCACGCCACCUCCUACGAAGGAACAGAUUCGUACCACCACCUUUUGGUCUAAGAAGAGCCUGGUGGUAAAGGAGAGCUGCUCCCCAAAAGAAGAACCAUACAAAAUGCAAGAGAAGAGCAUCCUGAGAUGCAGUGAGAAUAGUGAGGCUGUCAACCACGUCAUUCCCAAUGGGAAAUCUGAAGAUAGCAUUAAGGGCCUGCAGCCUGAAGAUGUUAAUCUGUUGGUGACCUGCAGAGAGGAGGGCAACCCAGUGGCUUCUUUAGGUCAUUCAGAGGCAGAAACACCUGUAGAUGCUUAUUCCAAUGGGCAAGCAGCUCUCAUGGGUGAGAAAGAGAGAAAGAAAGAAACAGAGGAUGGAGGCCGGUACUGGAAGUUCAUAGAUUGGUUCUGUGGCUUUAAAAGUAAGAGCCUCAGCAAGAGGAGUCUCAGAGACCUGAUGGAGGAGGAGGCUGUUUGUUUACAAAUGUUGGAAGAAACUCCACAAGUUAAACUAAUACUGAAUAUUGGACUUUUUGCUGUGUGUUCACUUGGAAUUUUCAUGUUUGUUUAUUUCUCCUUAUGAACUUUUAAGGAUAUGAUGAGACACUAACUUAAGAAAAUACUGGUCUUUGAAAAAAAACAAAAAAACAAAAAACAAAACACCUAUGUAACUGUUGCAUCUCUCAGGCAUUGUUUACGCUGUAGGUUUUAGCCAAAUUUUACUUAGCAGAAAAAUCAUCUAUUUGCAAGACUUUAUUUUCCCAGAGAUGGAUGAAAGUAAAAUUUCAAUCUAAAUGAAGUAAAACUUGUUUAACAGACUGAAUUGUGCAAAUGUGGUUUAAAAUUUUCCAUACCAAAGUAAGGAGAGACCAAUUAUUCUCAUAGAGCACUUAGAGCAGAAUAUAUGCUAAGAUAUCACGAAUAAGAUAGACUGUCUGCACUGCCAAAUCUUGGUAGGCCUUCUUACACUGAAGUAGAAGACUUGCUCAUUUUAAAGUUUUUUCUCUCUCUGUAAUCCCUACUUCCGUUUUAAAAAACUGAAUUUGUAGACAUUGUAUAAUCAAUUAUGUACUGAAAAUCUAACAUGUGCUUGUUUCAGGGCAAGUUCGUUUGCCAGGUUUGUUUUGUUAGCAUGAGCCUAUGGAUUCUGAAUGCUGAAAGAAAGGACGAAGAAUGUUUUCCUGUAGCUAUUCUUGUACCACCAGUAUAUGGAAUGUUGGGAAAAAGUUUGUUCCAGUUGUUUUUUUCUUUUUUUCCUACUUUGAAGUUUAAGUGAACCAUACUCAAAUGACCACCAAGUCUGUCUUUAUAAAGUUGUAUGUCAUGAUUGUAUUGUAAAUGAUUAUGGGGGAGAAAAUGAAGUAAACAUUGCUGAUGAUCCCCAGAUUUACUGACCAAAUUAAGAUCAUUUAUAUAGUUUGGAAAUUAGCAUCUCCUAAGCAGCAUUUGAUUGACUAAGCUGAACAGGUGAUAGUCUAAUACUAAAUAUCGGACUUUUUGCCAUGUGUUCACUUGGAAUUUUCAUGUUCUCAUACUUCAUUAAUUCUCUAGCUUUGUUCUUGUCAUUUGGUAACAUUCUUUAUUAGCCAGGUACCUUCCCAAGUGGAUCCAUUUGGAAGAUAAUGUCCGGAAAUUUGAAGAAGAAUUAACUCUGCCUUUGUGCUGGGUCGCCCUACUUGAUUAGAUCAUGAGAUAUUGCAGUUGAGUUUUUAGAGUGAAAAUUUAAUUCUCAGAUCAUAUUGUAUCCUUGAUAAGUCUUUUUUCCCCGAUUUACUUUUUUUUCAAAAGACUUACCAUGUGUACACAGCCUCUACAUUUUUGCUUAAAAAGUUAACAGUGACUUAGAGUGUGAUGAUAUUUCGAUGCAAACUGACCAUCAGUAACAGAAAACUCAAGAGUGCACGCUUUGCCAUUGGUGGAUUGUCAGUAUAGUUUUUCUGUAGAAUGGAUAGCAUGUUCAAGAGGUGCCAUGAACAAGAACUUCUACCGGUUUAGUAGUGUGUCUUGUAGAGGAGAUUACAGGACUUGCGUUAAUUGUAGGACCCUCUAUCUUGACAUGGCUUCGUACCCAGUUACAGCCUUCCUGGAAGAGAAUCCAUUUUUCACAGGCUGAUUCCCUUCAUGAGGACAGGGUACGAAAGACGUUUGAGAAAAGCUCUACAGAUUAGGUAGUUCUUUGUGUGUCCUGUCCUUUUUCCUCCAUGACAGAUGAAGGAAACUAAUUGUGUAUCUACUUUGACUUUUCUGUAAUCUCUGAUAUUUUUUAAAUUGCAUGAUUUUAUUAACCUUUAUUCUUCAGGGGAAAAUUAUUACUUUUUUAGAUAUUUUUGUAGAUUUUGAAUCAAAACUCAGUCCUAAUGACUUUAAAUUUUUUUGUAUUUAUAAACUAGUUUCAUUAUGAUGGAUUUGAUUAGUUCAAAGUUGAUUUUAGAAAUUAUCAGGUAGCAUAAUGUCUUCCCAUCUCCAGGGGGCUUUCUGAAGGACUGAGUCUGUAGGUGAAAAAAUAAUUCAUGUACGAAUAGUAUGGUUUCUGAGAGCUUAUUAGAGUGCCUUGUGGAAUUUUGUUCUCAAUUUCAUUCUUAAGGUUUAUAAGCUGGGGGCCAAAUAAAAAUAAGGACCAUCCUUUUCUUGUGUGGAGGCUGAGGCUGUGACAUGUCCAAGGUUACAAAGUCUGUUGGGAAGAACAGAAAACCAGGUGUCCAAAUCUGGAUUCAUGGUUUGUCCUCUUCUUUUCUCAAAGGAACUGUUCUUCCUUUGAGACAGCUUUUUGAUAUUGGGGGAAAUAACAGGAUCUUAGAUUUUUCAAAUUGACAUUAAGUUGUAGGAAUUAAAAUUUUUCUUUGACUCUGAACACCUUGCUGUGUAACUCAGCAGUGAGGAUUGACAUAUUGGCUGAGCAGCCUUCUUACCCCUUCUAUUAAAAGCAUCAAUGAAUAGGUGGUAUUUAAGUGGAUUUUUCCCCCCUUUAUUUAAUGUUGACUCCUAAUAGUUUGGGAUAUUAGCAUCCCCCUACCUUCUCUCUGCUGUUGUCUUAGUAGGAUACAUAAAAUACAUCAUCUUGUGUCUAUUCAUGUGUAUAUAGCAGUAGGUCAAGUUUAGAGUACUAAUGUUUGUAAAUAAGGAAUGAUUAUUAGCAUAUCCAUUAGGAUUGUUUAUUCUUGCCAGUAUAAACAUUUUAUUUAGACUGAAGUCCCUGAAGCUUGCCCUUCUUAUUGCUUCCCAGUAAUAGAUAAUGUGCUUGAAUAAGUAUGUGAAUUCCUGAUUGCAACUUCAUUUCAGGGGACCGUUCUUCAGUCUGCAUUUCAUUAGAAUGAUUGUUCAUGGAAUGAUACGUGGUCUGUCUUAAAGCUAGCAAAAUAGUCAUACUUUACACUAACUAAAUGGGUCCUAAAUGAUGACAUUGAUACCUAGACAUUAACAUGUAUAUGUUUUCAUAUUGGCUCAAGCUGAAGUUCAGAAUUGGCUAAGAGUGAUUGACUACAAUAGUUAGCUGCGAGUCAAAAUGAAGCGAGGACACUGGUGUUCAAAGGUGGAGAAAAAUAUUGUCUUAUCUGCUGUUAAUGGUAUCCCCAGUUCUUAGAUUUUUGUCCUCUCAGGCAAUCUUAGUCUCCAGAUCUGAUGAGAAGAGCUUAUUACCCUGACAUGCAGAAUGAUUAUUGGUUCCUUUGUGGGACCUCUAAUUUCCCUGUUCAUCUAAGAAUAUUUUGUCCUCCUACCCAAGACAGUAAACGGCUUUUGAAACAGCUGAGCCAGUCUUUUUCCCCAGCCUUUCUUUCCUGGUGAGGUUAUCACUCUUAUCUUUUGGUUAGAGAAGCAUCAAGCAGUAGCAAUGGUGCUGUGUCCUUUGGCCUAAAUCCAGCAGAUCUGAUCUCCCAAGGCUUCUUUUUCACUUGGCUCAAAGGAUCCAUUGUCUUUUUGCACAAAGAGGCUGGCCUGGGUCACAAAGCCCUAGCUCUUGGGGAUGGCAAGUCAAGUAAUUAGUGGGGGCCCAUCACUCCAUGAAACUUCACAUUUUAAGAAUUGAGUGGGAAGGUUGUUACUCAGUUCUCCAACCUGAGGCUAAGUGGGGGCUUGAAAGUUUUGUCCAGGGUGAUUAGAACCUUUAAGUCUCUACAUUUCUCAGUCCAUUGCUGUCUUCCCUAUAUUGGGUGUGUGGAUCUUUCCCCUCUCUCUUUAGAUAUCAUUUAAUGUAGCGUAUGGGUUAUUCUCAUUCUUUACCACACUAUAGAGCUGCUAUAUUAUUAACUAUUAAAAGGUUAGACCCAUCAAUGUUCCCACUUGGCAGUAUUCGGCUUACUUGCUUUUCUUAUACUUUACGCCCAUGUGUCAUUUUCAUCUGAGGUAUGAUGGCUGAAAAUGACCACAUGGGUAUCUAGUAGUGACACCUCAGCAUUUCCUGAGUUUGGGUUGAGAGAUGUAUAAAGACCAUUGUUGAAUUACAUGAGUACGGAGACUUGCCAGGACAAAAUUUUCUUAAGAAGUCAGAAACACUAUUAAGUGAGAUGCUGAGAAGUACCUGGGUGAUGCAGACUUAACAGAAGACAAAAUUAGCUUAAAAUGUGUUAGAUGUAGAAUCAUAUUCAUUGAACCCUAGAACUUGAGGCAUCUUUGCUAUCAGCUAGUUUAAACCCCUCCGCAUAUAGAUUAGGGUACAGUGAAUAAGAUCAAGCUUGUUAAACCCUGGUUUGAUGUUGAAUAUCGUAAAGCAUGAGUUUAUUAACAUAUUUGAGGUUAAAAUGACUGAUAUUUCAUAAUGAUACUUUAGUAGAAAAAAAUGGUUUUAGGCUUCAGUAUUCAUAAGAUUUAUCAUUAGCCAGGUGUUAAAUUGUUCAAGUCAUUUUAAUGUUGACAUUAGCCUGAGCAGACUUUACAAAUGGGAUAUAUUCCUAUUUGUGUGUAUGCCUACCUACCAUUCAGAGAGACUGGUUUCCCCCUUUAUUUGUCUUCCCUCACAUUGCUUUAAUUAUUCACCUAUUCUUUCAACACUUAACAGAUUCCUAUUUUGAUCUUUUGUCAGCUUAAUUCACUUUCUUUCAGGCUUAUUGUCAUGGUGUGCAGAAGUGCUGCUUUGCCCCAUAGUUGAAGGUCUGGAUCCAAAUAGUGAUUCACUAAAUAUAGUUGUGUUUAAAUAUACUAAAUUUCUAUUAGCUUAAACUGUUCUCAAGAAUUAUUUUCUUAGACUUUGUGUUCACUAAUAAUAAAAGCCCUUAAUAAUUCAUCAGUAUUUUAUUCUCGAAACUCAUUUUUCAAAAAUUAGGAGGCAAGAAUAGUUAAAUUCACACCAGUCCCUUUGAAAUGAUGGUAUCACAAUGUAGAGAGGAAUGGAGUUUGUUUUGAUGCCGAAAAGCCUUGUUCUUGCAGUAAUUAAAGGUAAAAAGUUGGAACUAGUCAGUUGGCAUAUAGAGAAACCCUUUUGUACUAGUUAGGUAUGAAGCUGGAUUACAUAAGAAGUAAUCUUUUGAUCACUACGUUUGGUUUUCUUGGUUGACUUAACUCAGGGCUGCAAACCCCUUUUCCUCCAUUAAGCUAACUUCUCUUAAUUUGGUAUGCUUUUUGUCAAACUCUCACCUCUGUUGGAAGAGUAGAUACUCAACUACUUUGACUCCAGAACAGAAUUUAGCUAAGGUUCAAAAUAAUUGAUGGGCUUUGCCAGCACUGAGUCCCACGCCAUUAUUCACGUUGUCAUAUAAAUGUUUUUAUUUAAACUUCUCUCUCCAGUGCUGGGAAUAAGGCUUUAAACUACUGAUUCACCUUUAAAGGAAUGUUAAGAGAAUUGAUAUAAUUAAUGUUUGUUUCCAUCUCAAAUCCUUUAUAAAAGAUAGGAUUUAGCUUAUUGUUUUGGGUUAAGCACCCCAUUUAUCUGGUAACUAACAGGCUUAACCAUUGGCAUAUAGUCUUUUACUCAGAAGUAAACAAAAAAGGUUUGAUGUAUCUGUAUCAUUACUCAUCUCAUGCACUUUACUUUUUCGGGGAGGACCAUAAUCUGAGACUUGACUUAAACCAAUAACCUUAAUUUAUGUAAGACUUUUAAAAGUUUGGUUUGGUUACCUGGAUAUAUAGCGUGUUUGAAGAGAGGGAUGCUAGAAUAAGUCAAGACAAAGCACAGUGGUCUCAGAUUCUUGUUAGUAUAGGAGCAGUGCUUUGCUCUCCUCAGAGAAGCACUGUAUUAUAAUUGUUGCCCAGGAUAACGGAGCCCCCCACCCCAGUUCAAGACAGUUUACAGUGAGUGAACUCUGUCAUUGAGGGAAAUACAUUUUCCAGUGAUUUCGGCAACAGCACAAGUUGACAGUAGAUAACCACACCUUUGUUGGAGACUUAUGUUGGAAAUUCACCUUGUACCCUAGUGCUGCUGGAUAAAGGAGUGUUUACUUUUUUUUAUUGCCUCUGGACAAACUACUCUGGAUAAUUUUCCAAUAUAUCAGUGUAGCCUAUACCUCUAUAAGUGGAAUGUUCCUUAAUAACUCACUUUUUUGUUAUACUAGUUGGAAACUGAAAUUAAGCUCAUUGCUAUCUAUGUUAUUGAAACCCCCAAUUGGCAAAGGCCAUUCUGUAGGGUAUUCCAUAAUAUAAUCAUCUUCUGAAAUUUAUGUUUUGAUUAGUGCCUUCUGGUUGCCAAUAUUGAAUCUGCUAGUUCACACCUUUCCCUUUCUUGAUAGAUAACUCUUAUUUGUUACAAUUCCUCUUUUUAAAUAUUGUUAUAGCUAGUGAAGGAAAUACAUUUAUAUUUACAUACUUUAUAUGCAGUCUCUGUUUAAGUUCAAGGAACCAGGUAAGUCUGGUUUGUGUUGCAGCUUAAAUGUUAUUUAUUCAUCUGUAUUUGUUUCUUUUAUAUCCUUAAUUAAAAAUUUAAGGUUACUUAUUCUGUGAGUGUAUUUUAACUUUAUCAUUUUCCAGUGUAGGUUGGAUAGGCAUAUCUGAGAACAUAUAUGUGACAACAGUUUCACAUUCCAUGAUAAGGAAAACGCUGAAAGUAAGUGUCCAUAGAAAGCACAAAACCAUGUUCCCUCAUAUUUGUAACUCCACAUGUAGAAAGCACAAGACUAACAGUAUUCUCAUUAUCCCACAAGUGCCAGGCAUAAAAAGCCCACCAUGGGUUUGUCUCGAGUUGUCAGGAUGAGGACCGCAGUACUGAAAGCCCUAGACAGUGAGGUACCUAAGAUAGGGGUCCUAAAUCAUAAGGGAUUCAGCGUUCUAAUCUGAGUACGUUUGUACUGCUUUGGUGGAGGAGAGAAUACCAAUGUCAAGAAUACUGCAGUUGUAUUGGGGGGUUACUAGCUAAAAUGGGGUCUGUGGGCUCUUUCCUGCAAUCUGGAAUUUGAGAAACAGGGACAGACUUCUAGGUUUUUGGUGGGUGGAACAUUUUGACAGACUUCUGCUUUAAGCUGUAGAGCCAUUGGAUUUUUUUUUUUUUAAUCAUAAAUCUUUAGGAAAUUUUACCUCCUGUCAAUAGUACCCUGAAAACAUGGAGAAAUCUCACAUUUUAAUAGGGCAAAUACUAAUCUUUAAUCUUUGUGUAAAUUUAAUCUAAACUUAAUGAAGUUAUUUUUUCAUAUGCUUCACUGCACUUCAUUUUAAUAGAGUAGAAUUUGAUCCAAGUGUUACGAGCAUCAAACUAACUGAGACAGAUCUGCCAAAUGAACUACUUUGCUUUUCACAAUGGUUGUAAGAGUCUAAAGGAUUCUUUUGCCUGUCUCAUUACCCGCUUCAAGACUAGAUUAGAUGAAAUCUGUGAAUAUGCAUGCAAAAGAAGAAAAUAAUGUGUUUUCUUGAACUCGACAUUAUCCUUAUUUUACUCGUCACUUUCUUCACCUGAAUAGUCCCUGUUUGUAAACAAUGAAUAAAUACAUCUGUGUCUUGGAUUUUGCCUGUAUGUCAAAAGAUGGAAGGACUCUAAGGAUGGAGAGAAGUGACUAUCUUUGUUCCCACUCUCCUCUAUUUUGUAUGUUUAUCUUCUUAGAGAUAAUCAACUUUAAUAAUAUAUGGAAUGAAGAUUAAAGCUGGUAUAGACUAAUGGAACAUGUUUUAGAAGAAUUAACCUGAGCACUUUGAGGGAGAGACUUACCCCCUCUAGCUAAAAGUCGCCAGGUUGUGGACCUACAGCAUUUUUUAAGAAUGUAAAACCUCAGGCUUCGGUGGGGUUACUGGAGAGGAGUACCAGAAAUGCAGGAGAAAGGAGAGGUUUGAGGAACAUCUUUGGCUUAACAAUAUGUGAUAAGGCAAAGCAGUAAUAACCUGUUAGUCCUGUGUAGAAUGUGUUCUGUACCUUUAAAUUUUGUUUUAAAAUUUAAAAUAGUUUUUAAGAACUUAAAGGAUGCUUUUGAAGAUUCCUUUGGCAGAAUAUCUUUCAUCUGUAAUUCCAUGGAAAAUUGCUUUAAUUAGUCUAGGUGAAAGUAGUCCUAGCGGUGUAAAUAUGUAUAAAUAGAAUUUUCUAAUUUCACUGUGAGAUCUCUGACUUUUGAGUGGCAAACAGAUCAACAAGUCUUUUGCUCAUGGACUUUUCUGUGGGGUUGUUAAAAUGCAAAAGCUUUAUUUUUUAAAUAAUGACAUAUUACAUUAGUGUCAGAUGAUGGUAUGGAAUCUGUUGCCCUGCUUUCCCCCACCAGUAUUGCUUCAGUUUAUAGAUUGCCAACAGAGUUCCAAAAUAAAGCGAGGAUUUACCCAUUCUUUGCUUGGACAUCCCAUUUUCUGUUGCCUGGACCUAUGUUGGCAAUCACAUAUGAACUAUGUUAGGCUUCUCAGUGCUUCUUCUUCUCCUUUUUUUUUUGAUAAGGUGGAUAUCAAAAAUAGUUGCUGUGCAAAAGUUAGUAGUCUUCUUCAAGAAGAAAACCAAUUCCUUUUCUAAUAUCCUGUGAAAUUGCUUCAUUCAUUCCUUUAUUUUUAAGCCAAAUGUCAGCAGAGUACUGCUGCUUUUAUCUAGUAAUUUUGAUAUGUAAGUAUUAAUGCAUUUUUAAAAGAUGUCUACAUUGAAAAAUGUUUUUCCCAGUGUCCUGCCUCUUAAGCUUUGUUCAGAUGUUCUGUGAGAGACCAGUCUGUGCACUGGGGUUGUGUAUUGUAUACAUGGAUUGUUUUGUCAGUUAUGCAUUGUAGACCAAAUGUGAUUUUAAAUGAAGUUGUUGGGUUAUUGGUGAGUUUUUUGAAUUGUAAACUGAUUUCCAGGGUACCUUCAUUGUCCACAGCAUUUUUUUUUUUUGUAAGGUUUGACUGAUCAGGUCCAUCUCACUGUACAAUGUUUUAGUUGCAAGCAGAAAGUAGAAUUUGGUAUAAACCAGGUUACUUCCAUAUUGAAAGGAAUACAAUUAAAAUUGUAGAUUUAGGAUUGUUAACCAUACAUGACAAUUCUAACUUGACUUAUUCUAACCUAUUGUAUACAAUCUCAUUUUUUAAAUUGUAGACAUGUAUGAUCUUGGUUUAAUGUGUUUUUAAAAGUGUUACUGUUUAAAAAUGAAAAAAAUGAAGCAAAUCUGCUAAAGAGCUGUCAGUUUUCAUUACUGACUCUGUAAAAUACACUGUUCUUUGUGUACUAUGUGUUAUUUUGCCAGCUGCUGCAUUAGCCUUUAAAAGUAUUUGGAAAUUUAAGAUGAACUACAUUUCUUGCAAAGUAUAUUCCUUUCUGUGGUAUUUUGUCCUGUAACUGAAGUAUAGUAAUUAUUUUAUGGAAAUGUUAGCACUUCUGUACCAACUUUGAAUAAAAUGAAAAAUUUACA